GUGGCCGGAAGGCGGAGUCCGGAAGCGAAGGGACCGGGUGGUUUUUGCGGUCUGCAUCGGCGGCUCACCGGGCGCAAGGUCAACUAGCCAGCCACCGAAAUAAAAGAUUGCCCAUCGCCAUCCCCUGACCCCCCUCGACAGCCAUGGGGAACACCAGCAGUGAACGCCAGGGGGGCGAGCGCCAGGGGGGUCACAAGACCCCUCGAAGAGACAGCCCUGGGGGUUCAAAGGAGGGAGACAGGCCCAAGAUUUUGAUGGACAGUCCCGAAGAUGCUGACCUCUACAAUGCUGAAGAGAUGAAGGCUUCGAUGGAGAAGCACGAAUUCCUCGCUUGGCAACACGAUCUGGAGGUGAGCGACAAGGCUCCCACCCAGGCCCAGCCGACUGUCUUCCGGUGGACUGGAGGAGGCAAGGAAGUUUAUUUAUCGGGCUCCUUCAACAACUGGAACAAACUCCCGCUGACUCGGAGGUAAGCCAGGAGUCUCUCGAGCUUCCUAUCCCGUG